CGUAGAAGCAGGUUGAGCAGGUUGUUCCCUGCGUGAGUGCUCCCUCCUCUCGCCGGGUGACUGCUGAAUCACUCAAGUUGAUCACUCAGUGAAGAAAUUUGCCGCUUGUGCACCUGUUCUCACUGAGACAGCCUCACAAUAAGGGGUAACCAACCACAAAAGGAAGCAAUGGAACUACUUUUUAAAAUCACAAUAUGUCUGCUACUGCUUGUACACACUUUUAACUUGGUAUCGCUCCAAAAUUCGACGAAUUCUCCAAGGCACACAAUUGAUCAAAGCUGGAACCGUGAGCAGAGCUCUGAUGCUGAAGAGGAAGAAGAAAAUAAACCAGGAGGAGACGUGUCUCCUAUGCAACCAAGCAAUGAUGUCAGCAGUGUCACAUAUAACGGAGAAAAUCACGUGGGCAGUAAAGAGCAGAGUGAAAAUGAAACAGCUCAUGAUUCUCCUGUUGCCACAACUGCUGAGCCUCCCACAUCUGCAAAUACCACAAAAGAACAACCUGAAGUGACAAAUGGAACUAGAGAAUCAAACCAAAACAACGUCACCAGAAAUAAGGAGGAGUUGAAUAACUCAACCAAACCCCCUCUUACACCAUCUAGUCAUCCGUUUGAUGGUAACUCUACCACCAAUCCUGAACGUUCCAAUGGCACAGAUAUAGAGUCAACCAGCCUACCACCAGAGGUGACUAAUCCAAAUGACAACACAACAGCAGGAAAUGAUACGGAACCAAACAAUGUCACGCAAUCUGCCACGACAACUGUAACAACCACAACAAGAAACAAGAUAAACAAAACAUCUACAACAUCACCGCCAGAAGUGUUGCCUUCUGAUCCCACCAAAUUAUUUCCUGAGGUGACGACAACUGUUGCUUCUGAAACACCUAAGGGCAACCUCACGGAUAAACAAGCAUCCGCUGGGAGCAGCUCAGAAAGAGGUUUUUCAUCAGAGGCCAGUAAGAGCAAGCGAAGUGAAGCGUGGGGGGCUGUAUUGGGAACAGCGGUGGUCGUGUCCAUUGUGGGACUGGUGGCAUACAUCAUCUUAAAAAGGAAACACCAGAAAGGUUUCUCUCACAGGAAACUGGUUGAGGUGUUCCCAGCUGACCCAGUUCUCCGAUUGGACAAUAGCGACCCGUUGGAUCUGAAUUUUGGUGGCUCAGCUUAUUAUAACCCUGGACUUCAAGGAGACAACAUUCAAAUGAGCAACAUACCAGGACGCAAGACAAAUUAAAAAGACUCAGGGAUUAUUCCUCACUGCCUUGAAAAAAGAAAAUUUGAUGAGGAGUUUUGUGACUAAGUCUGACGUGAUUUUUCGAGGGAAAAAUUGACAACUGUACGCCACGUAAAAGUCUACUAUUGUUUGUGUUUCAUUGUUUUUGAUAGUCAAAAGUUAUCCGUCCUUUAGAUAAUGUAACACAUGAUUACAAAACUAUUUUUGAUAAAUGCUUUUCAGUUAAUGGUGGAUGACAGCAUAUCAAUAUUGGAUGGGAAUUUAUCUUGGUAAUAGUACAGGUGGUUAUCCUAGUCAAAUAUGAUAACCUUUUCUCCUCCUAGAAUCAUAUUAAUCAUAACAUGCUGAGGACAACAGCCAGCAGGAUUUGAGCUGGUCUUCCAGUUAUCGAGGACCAUAGCUACCGGACUGUCAACCAAAAGAGAAUAAUAUUCCAACCCGAGCGGAGUGCUUGGUAUUCAGUGAAUGAGUUAUGGAUUUGGUUUUAGGAUUUCUCAGUAGCUACAGCUCCAUUAUCAUAGCAAACUUCUGAAAUCCUGUGACCUCUAGGUGUCCAAACAGAGAUAUGAGCUUUUCUUUUACAGUGAUGAGGUGCACCUUAGAGAGUUACACAGCAUACAACUGCUGCAUACCGAGUAGAGAUUAUAUAGUAAAUGCACAAUUGUUUUAAAACUUUUUAAAUUAUAAUUUCAUUGUUAUUCUUCUCGUGAGCUUUAUUUGACUUUGAGUGACAACCUUCAGCAAGUAUUUCUCACUAUAUUUUGUUGAGCACAUAGAAAACGGAAAUUAUUAUUAUUAUUAUUAUUAUUAUUAUACAUUUUUUAAAUGCUCCCAUCCAAAUCUUUUGCAAUACCCAACAAACAAAAACACCCAAUCAAAGGACAUGGCCGCAUUAUCUCAUGUCAGUAUCUUUAUUCCACUUGCAAUCAGUCAACAUUUUCUCUGGGUUUUGAUUGAUAUGCACACCAACUUGCCUGCAACAAUUUGAAAUGCUGGUGGUGGGUCAGCUUUGUUGUAAUUCUGCUUUGUUCUAGAAUCUGACACCAAUCCGUCAAAAAAGCACUUUAUGCGACAGCGAUGAGAGAGAUGGGGGUGUUAAAGGGGAAAAAAACACUGUAUUCUGCACUAAUUAUGCAUUGCAGACCGAUGAUAGACGUUUUUGAUGCUUGUGACAUGUCUUGAUGUUUCCGCUGUUGAUGCAUGUUUUGUACAUUUUCAUUACUAACUGACUGUAACUGCUUAUUUAGGCCGGUGCAUUCAUUUAUUUUGUACUUGCAAAAUUCAGACUUGAGUGUGAAAACUCUGCUUGGUUUAUGUUUUCUAUGUUAAUAAAUGUCAUUUUCUUAUGUUUA